AUGUACGCCCAAAUCCUGGAAGGUCUCGGAGGCGUGGAUGUAUACCCGCUCCAAUAUCCCGAUUUCGCCGAAAAUGGAAACAUGCUGGAACCGGAAGAAAUCUCGAAGCGACACUUCCUCUGCGGUGACCCCGUGAGCGGUAGCGACGAAGAAGACAUCCUUUGCACCACCCCUAACGCCGAGUGGGAAGUCUUGAGCACGUUCAUCUCAGGACAGGUCAUCGAGAUGGACAUUGUGAUGAACUUCUACCACUGGUUUCAGUUUUCGAUCUGCGACGCGGCUGAUCUCAACGACCCCGACGGCGUGGGGACCCAGGAGUGCUUGAACACGCACCCCUUGACUCGCGCACCAGAUGAUGGUGACGGCAGCCCGAUAGACCCUAACUACACCGGGCGGUACUACCCGGACCCGCCGUGCCGCUUGAACGAGACCGACCAGGCCUUCUACAAGGAUGGCUUGCCGAGCGGCACCGGAUAUGACCCGUACGGCAUCAAGAUGCGCUUCCUCUUCCCGGACAUCGAGUGCAGCCACUGCAUCCUCCAGGUGUACUAUUUCACCGGCCACACAUGCAAGCACGUCGACUACGACGAGUUCAACCCUCCCUCGUGGCGAAGCAAUUGCGCUCCGCACAAGUCGGACUGGGUCUUCACGGAUCUCCCCCGAUGCGGGACGGGCAAAUAUUUGUACGCAGAAGAGUUCUGGAGUUGUUCCGGGGACACACAGACUGAAGGCAAUGACGAUGACAUACCGUCGUCCUCCAUUGAUCAUGGCUGUUUCGCCGACACCAAGACCGGGCGUGUCAUGAAGUGGAUGUCUCUAAGAGACGAGAAGAAACACGCGAUGAAGGGCGAGAUGUGCAUGGACAUCUGUAUCCAGGGGGGGUACAAGUACUCUGGGACCCAACAUGGCUACCAAUGCUUCUGCAGGGGCAAGUACACGGACCACCUCGAGCAUGGCGAGUCCGCCGACUGCGAUCACCCGUGCGCGGGAAAUGAAAACGAAAUAUGCGGCGGGCCGUGGUGCAUGUCCGUGCGUGAAAUGUUUUGAAGCUGAAAGUGCGGCAGGCUUAGGAUUGUUAGGUGCGUGACGGCUGGUGCCUUUGUACGACACGGCCGUGCCUCGUCAUACACAAGCAAAAGGACAAGUCGAUUCCUCCUAACAUGGGGAAGCGUGUUGGGCUGCUCGGUCGGGGUAAGGACCGACCGUGUUUCCAUGUGGUAGCUCUGGCGAGAGGAAGCGUCCACUCUUCGAGAUCCGACCUUCUUUGUAGGUGGCAUCCUGGUUCACGUCAAUCAAAUCGGUGACACAUGGGCAGAGAAGGUGUUUCUUCUCACGCGUUGCCGCUGUCGGUGAUAGCAACAAGUACCAACGGAGGGGGGGGGGGGGGGGGGGGGGGGGGGGGGGGGGGGGGGGGGGGGGGGGGUGAAGUACCGGUUAGUGGUGUCCCGUGCACUUUGUGAGGAAAUAGGCCUGUGUUUCACCCGUCUAUGCUGAUCAGUAUUGGUGUGUAUGGUUUGUAUUUUACAUGAAGAAAGCGACAUAUAGCUGAAAAGCUCUCGUGAGUACCAAACUUCGACGUUAGCACCGUUGACGAGGGAAAGGGACGGCUGGAGCCUUCUUGCGAUAAAAAAUAAAAUCCAGCACGCACCGCAGGAGGAAGGUAGGGCAUGAAAAGAAAUAAAAAUAAGAAAAGAGCCCUGGUGUUUACCCCCUCCUGUGUGACCCUGGAUGGUUGUAGUUGUACGAAAAAAUACACUGACAAGUGUAGUACUCUACAUACAUACAUACGCUGAAAAGUGUAGUACACGUCUCACCACGAAAAAUGGGGGGACUGUCGCCAUAAUAAAUAGGACGAAACACACACACACAACACACCACGCGACAAACAACCGACCAUGGCGGCUGGCACGCGGGAUCUAAUACUUUUCGGAGCUCGUUGAUGUUCCCAGCUGCCGUCUUUCUACAGGUCACGAAUCGCUUGGUGUACUUCUCCCAGGAAAGGAAGAAGUUUGGAAAGGGUUGGGUUUAAGGUCGCCUCAUCCAAGUCACCCUAACCGUUGAACGAGAGCGAGAGUUCGACGUUUGUUAUUGCAGUAGACUACAUAUAGAAAUGGCGUUGUCGCACUCCACCCAGAGAUCUUCUCGCCUGUAGAUUGCAUAUUUGGACUUACCGUCACCGGAAUGUGCAGUCUGCAGUACUCCUUACAUGAUGAUGGGAGCUCAAGUCUUGAUGGUGAAGUUUACGAAACGUGAAAGAGUUGGAUAACCUUACUUGUUCAUCUUUGAUAAACUGAGUUGUAUUUGAUGGCGCUCUCCUCGGCGUUUGAUCAGAAGAUGGGUUGUAAUUUCUUACAUUCGAAUCGAAUGCAUCAUUCGCGGAUGAUUUCCACGCGUGGAAACCACUGCAAUCUUGGCGCUUGAGGGAGCCGCCAGGCCGAAAACUACUGUAGAACAGGAUUGCAUCAUUGAAUGUUGUGUUGUCUAUAUGACGCUACCAUGCAAUGACCACACCUAAAACGACAGUGAUGGGCCCACCAAGCAAAAAGAGACACGUGAAACGGCGGUUGGUCUAUGGGUGCACCAAGCAUAACGUGACAAAAUUGCAUUUUCUACUUGUUGUAGUGGCCAACGGGUUUGUUUGCGUUUCUGUUUCUGGUAUUCACUCGCAGACAAGCAUGCCCUGUGAUGUGUCAUUCCAUCGUAAAAAUAUCUCCUCUUCAAUUUGAAAUAAAACCAAUGACAAUCCUCAUGGUAUCCUACAUACAUGCGUUCGUAAGCUUGCUAAAAUACUACUGCGUUGAUGUCCUCUUGUAAAAGCUGAAAUCCAACAAUUGCUUUGAUGUUUCUCUCUUGGUGUGACCGGUGGCAAUAUCGAUCAGCAAUGCCGCACAGACUUUAUCGCGCCGAAGUAUGCUUGCGACAGUUUUAACCUAACCACUUCGGUGGAAAGCGGAUUUAUUUCUGUUCAAUACGGUGUCAGGGGUACCAGGGAAGACGGGGCCGAGUUUUGUUUGAUUUCGGGUGGAUGAGGUUGGGGUUUUGUUCGUUUUUCUCCAUCUAAGGUUCGUGCCUAGAGUUCAGCUGUAUGUAGUGUUUCGACCAAAGUUUUGUUGACUUAGAGGCAAACAUUCCUAGCUAUUGGGCAUCGAGUUAAUUUGGCUUGGCAUGACAGCCUUUACGAUCGACUUUUUAUGUAUGUCUGCAUUUAUCUGCAAUUGUCGGAGGGCAAACAAAAUAAUAAUGA